AUGUUUCCAUCCCGCAAUACCAACAACAACAACAACCGUAGACACACUGUUAGUGGUAUUACUAGCAUAAGGAUAAUUGUAUAUUUGACGUUACUGUUCCUGAUCUCGUUGCCCGCCACCUUAGCCAAAUGCCGUGACGAACGUCCGCGGAGCUGUGAAGCGAUUUGUGCCACCGGUGAUCCGACACGAAAUUGCACAAUACGGGCAUUGGUGCUCCUGCCCGAUGACAACAUGUAUCAGGCCUCUCUGCCGCGUGUCCUUCCCAUUCUGAAGGUGGCGGAACAGCAGCUGCGCGCAAAGUCCUUGAUACCACCGCAUAUAGACUUUGAGUGGCUGCCCCACAACACCAAAUGCGAUGCUUCGCUGGCUGUCAUUAAGGCCAUGGAUGGGGUCAUCAAGCAGUGUGCUCAGGUCAUAUUUGGGCCAGUCUGCGACUAUUCGUUGGCUGCUGUCAGUCGCAUAACUAAGUACUUCAAUAGUGAGGGCACACCACUCAUAACCGUUGGUGGCUCCACUUACGAUUUCGAGCAGAAGAAAACCGAUUGCAGUGAUGAGUUCUAUAUGCUGUUACGCACAGGAAUGCUGAGUUUCGAGACCAUCUCCGAAUUGACCAUAAAUGUCAUGAAACGCCACAACUGGUCGCAUUCAAUUUUCUACUAUGAGGCGAAUGGUCAACGGAGCGUGGCCGGCAAGCACACCUGCUUCCUAAUGAUGAAAUCUCUGGGCAAACAAAUGCGCAAGGAGAACAUGACGUUUGCACAAUAUCCUCUGGAGCCGAACACGACACACGAUAUGCGGAUGGAGGAAAUGCGUCGCGAAAUUGGCAAUAAACAUGCAACGCUGCUAAGCCAUAACAGAAUGAAGCUUCUCUGUAAAGCUUUCAGAGUACUGUUGUAUGCGCUGUAA